CUAAUUGGAGAAGCAGUAUUUUACCGUUUGCGGUCAUACUAUCUGACAUUUUAAAAAUAUGUAGAUCAAAAUUAAAAGAAAAUAGAAAAUUCAAAAUUUUUUAUUAUAUGCGCAGGUGUAGGCGUGGUUGACCCCAGUAGAGAAAGAAAAGUUUUCCUCGUUAAGACAAUGGAGCUGACUGGCUGGGUAAAAAAUUACGAAUGGGGCAAAACUGGCAUUAGCUCUGCCGUUGCCCAGCUGGCAAUGGCAAACGAUCCGGAUUUUAUCCUGAAUGACAACGAAUCAUAUGCAGAAAUGUGGAUGGGCACACAUUUUUGUGGUGUUUCGAUUGUUAAGGAGACAGGAGAAACUCUUGACCGUGCAAUCAAGCUCCAACUGCCGUACCUGUUCAAGGUAUUGAGCGUCAAAAAAGCACUCAGUAUACAAGUGCAUCCAAAUAAAUGCGAAGCCGAGCGUCUGCACAAGGAGCGACCGACAAUUUAUAAGGAUGAUAACCACAAGCCGGAAAUGUGUAUUGCCCUAACACCCUUUUUAGCAUUGGUUGGAUUCCAACCGAUCGAUGACAUCAUCGAUAACAUUGACGAGUUCCAGCCUCUAUCCAAGCUCAUCGGCAAGGAGCUAGUUCAUCAACUGCACCAAAAGCGAGAUUCAGAAUGCUUAAAGAAUUGCUAUGAGAUCUUAAUGAAAUCCGAUGAAACCAAGAUUGCCGCGUGUCUCAAAGAGAUAGCCACAAACUACAAGAAAGAGCUCGAGAGCAAUGAAUUGUUGAGUGUAUUUACCAAGAUCAAUGAGGACUUCCCUGGUGACGUUGGUGUUCUAUCCCUAUUCUUUCUAAAUCUAGUCCGAAUGCAGCCUGGUCAGGCCAUAUUCUUGGGCGCCAAUGAGAUUCAUGCUUAUUUGGAUGGCGAAUGUGUGGAGUGCAUGGCCUGUUCUGAUAAUGUCAUUCGUGCGGGACUCACGCCCAAAUACAAAGAUGUCGAACAGCUGAUUGCAUCCGUGAUAUAUGAUGGCAAGCCUGCGCGAUGCAAGCUAUUUAUUCCGUAUCGCAUCGAUGAUUUCGUACAGGUGUUUGCGCCACCUGUUAACGACUUUGCCGUAAUGCACGUGGCUAUAAGGCACACCGUAGAUAAAUACAAACUAGAGAUUAAAGCAUAUGGAUCUAUCAUGUUGACGUUAACAGGUGUGCGGAUUGUUAAGCUAAACACCAAAGAUGGUCCCAAAGAAAUUACCGUAUCGCGCGGAAGCAUUGUCUACAUUCCAGUCGAGGCAGCGCCCGAAAUAGAAUUUUUGCACGGAGAAGACUGUGGAGAUGACUUUUCCGCUUACAUUGCAACAUAUAAUUAUUUUCGACUUGCGUAAAGAUUGUAAAUUGGUAGUGAUUGGUAAUUUGAAAUAAAUCAAACACACGUUUAAUUUUUAAAUUGUUGCAAUUUAUA